AUGGCCGCCAGUCACUAUGUGGCCGGUGGCCGCUCGUGCAAACAGCGACGUCAGCGACCAAGCAAGGAAUGGGACACCGAAUCAAAAACCGACGGGAUACCGAAGCUUGACAGGGAGACAGAGGAUUAUUUUGCCGAGGUGUACACCAGACUCCUCUCUGAUUUUGAAGAUGACGAGGACAAAGCCAUCUUCGUGGCAAAUGUGGCUGAGCAGACCCGUGGCAAGGAACUGGAGGUCUCCUGCUGCCGCAAUUCUUCAGUCAGCCUCUGUGUUCAGAUGGUUUUGUCCCUGACAACGGAUCCCAGUGUUCUGACUCGUUUCAUGUCAGCAUUUGCAAGCAACUUUCGUGUGGUGUGCAUGCACUGCAUUGCAAGUCAUAUAGUUCAAACACUCCUGGAAGCUGCGCUCAAGUACCUGCGGGACCCAUCUGCUUUCACUGAAGCUGAAGAGGAAUCUGCAGAAGCUGCCCAAGAGGAGGAAAACUGUCGAAUCAAAGAAGAACGCUCAAAAAACAGCAAGGAGAAAAAGGUGAAGGAUGAGGAAGGAGCCCUGGAAUCAGAAAGGGAGACAGGGGAAGGAAAAGCUGUCAUGGAUGCUCUUGUAAACCCUCAUGACAAGGUGACAUACUGGGUAUUGCAUCUUGGACGUUUCUGCCUGGCCAACCUUCAGGAAUUCAUGUACAGUCCUCUGGCAAGUCCUGUAAUUCGUACACUGGUGCAAGUCCUGGGAGGCUGCAACAGCAAAGGCCUGACACGGACGCGGAAGCGGACAGAUGUGGCUCUUGUUGAUGGAUAUAAAAAUGAAUCUGUUGAAGCUGUCGAAGUCCCAGAAGAAUUUGGAGGACUGCUCAAAGAAUUUACCAUUGCAUUGAAGGAACAGCCAGAUUUACUUGAUGUUAUCACGACCAGCAUUACAUCACUACUGCUGCAGACAUUAAUGCUAGUUCUGCACAUAAAGGAUCAGAAGGCUCUUGCAUCCCUUUUAAAGCACAUCGGAAAGACCCUAUUUGCUCGCUCAAACAAUGAAAGGGAGCCUGCACCUGCGCUUCUGGAUACGAGCGCCUCCUUCAUGGUGGAAAAAGUCUUCAAGUUCUCUUCCGCCAAGUCAUUUGCAAAGAUAUGGAAGAAAUACCUAUCUGGGCAGUUUCUCACGAUGGCGCUGCAUCCUGUGGCCAACUUCUGUGUGCAGCGGGCCAUUGAAUGUGCCGUAACUGCCGAGCAGUUCCAGGAAAUGUAUGAGGAGCUGGCACCAGGAUUUGACGACCUCCGUGUGCAUGGACACACGACGGUCCUAGUCUGCGUGGCUGCUGCCUGUGCCCGCUUUUCAACAUACCAGGCCAGGUUCUUAAAGGCCAUCAUGGAGACCUUGCAUUGUGCAGAGCCGGCAGAUCGCAACGUCUUGUUUGUGCCACUCACCCUGCAUAUGAUGACCUAUGAGAGCUAUGAGACGAUAAAGCCAGAGAUGAAGGUUGUAUACCAAGGAAGCCUUCUCCUGCAGAACUUAUUCAAGUUUAGCAAGACUAAGAAGGUAGUGGAUAGUUUGUUGUCCAUGGAAGUGAAUGCUCUAAAGGCCUUGAGCUGCUCCCCCUCUGGCUCCCAUGUCUUGGAUGCUUUCAUAAAGGGCCCUUCUGUCAGCGACAAGGCUCGAGACAAACUGAUCAACAAACUCCGGGGCUGCUUCUGCGAGUUGGCUAUGGACAAGUAUGGAAGCCGGGUCCUCGAUAAUGUGUGGGACGUAGCCACAUUGAAUCAGAAGAUAGUAAUUGAUGAAGAGCUUUCUCAGAAGGAACACCUUUUGACGGGCUCUGCGUUUGGGAGCUUUGCAGUACAGAAAUUUGCCCUCUACCACUUCAAGCACCGUCGCAAUGAAUGGAACCAGCUCCAGAAGAGCAAGAAGAAGGCAAUCAACAUCUUUCAAAGCAUCCUUGAGACAGAAUAAAAACUCCCAUCACCA